UCUCCGCCUCCGCUUCUCACUCGUUCGCAACGCGAUGUUUUGAAUACAUACAUUUUUUCCAUUCUCGCCAAGAAAGUUCACCCGCCAGACCGAAGAUUUUAGUGAACGCGCUAAAUCGUGAAAUUAACUGUGUUUUGUGAAUCAAUUAGGGCGGACGGAGCUGCAAAAUUGUCGAGUAGUGAUUCUCUUCUGAAGGCAACACAGACAUUCGGUUUGGACUCAAGGAUAAAUAAAACGACGAACGGAGGAGUGGCGAGCUCCCUGAAAAUAAAACACACGACACGAAACUCACGAAAACUAGACAAUAGAAAGUACAACUAAUCCACUGUGGAAGCAAUAGAUCCCCAGCCAUGACGACGGACAUUUCGAUUGUUCGCUGGGAUCCCAGCCAGGGUCCUGGCAACGAGUACAUCGAUGAGUACGAGUACGAUGGCGGCAACUCCUCGUCGCGCCUCUUCGAGCGCUCCAGGAUCAAGGCGCUGGCCGAGGAGCGUGAGAGUGUCCAGAAGAAGACCUUCACCAAGUGGGUGAACUCUCAUCUCUGCCGCGUCAACUGCCGCAUUGCCGAUCUGUAUGUGGAUAUGCGGGAUGGCAAGCAUCUGAUCAAGCUGCUCGAGGUCCUUUCCGGCGAACGACUGCCCAAGCCCACCAAGGGCAAGAUGAGGAUCCAUUGCCUGGAGAAUGUGGACAAGGCACUGCAGUUUCUACGCGAACAGCGCGUCCAUCUGGAGAACAUUGGCUCCCAUGACAUAGUCGAUGGCAAUGCCUCGUUGAACUUGGGCCUCAUUUGGACCAUCAUCCUGCGCUUCCAGAUCCAGGACAUCACCAUCGAGGAGGUGGACAACAAGGAGACCAAGUCGGCCAAGGAUGCUUUGCUUCUUUGGUGCCAGAUGAAGACUGCCGGCUAUCAUAAUGUCAAUGUGCGUAACUUUACCACCUCUUGGCGCGAUGGCCUGGCCUUUAAUGCGAUUAUUCACAAACACCGUCCGGAUUUGGUUCAAUUCGAGAAGCUCUCGAAGACCAAUGCCAUUCACAAUCUGAACAAUGCCUUCGAUGUGGCCGAGGAUAAGCUCGGUCUGGCCAAGCUGCUCGAUGCCGAGGAUGUUUUCGUUGAGCAUCCCGACGAGAAGUCCAUCAUCACGUAUGUCGUGACCUACUAUCACUACUUCAGCAAGCUCAAACAGGAGACGGUGCAGGGCAAGCGCAUUGGCAAGGUGGUGGGCAUUGCCAUGGAGAACGACAAGAUGGUCCAUGACUAUGAGCAUUUCACCAGUGAUUUGCUCAAGUGGAUAGAGACCACCAUCCAAUCCCUGGGUGAGCGGGAGUUUGAGAACUCGCUGGCAGGAGUUCAGGGUCAAUUGGCUCAGUUUUCCAACUAUCGCACCAUCGAGAAGCCGCCCAAGUUUGUGGAGAAGGGCAAUCUGGAGGUUCUCCUGUUCACCCUGCAGUCCAAGAUGCGGGCCAACAAUCAGAAACCCUACACGCCCAAGGAGGGCAAGAUGAUCUCGGACAUUAACAAGGCCUGGGAGCGAUUGGAGAAGGCCGAACAUGAGCGCGAGUUGGCUUUGCGCGAGGAGCUCAUCCGGCAGGAGAAGCUGGAGCAGCUGGCCGCUCGUUUCGAUCGCAAGGCUUCCAUGCGCGAGACUUGGCUGUCGGAGAAUCAGCGUUUGGUUAGCCAGGAUAACUUUGGUUUCGAUCUCGCCGCUGUUGAGGCGGCGGCCAAGAAGCACGAGGCCAUCGAAACGGACAUCUUUGCCUACGAGGAGCGUGUUCAAGCGGUGGUCGCCGUUUGCGAUGAGUUGGAAUCAGAGCGCUAUCACGAUGUGAAGCGCAUUCUCCUGCGCAAGGACAAUGUGAUGCGUUUGUGGACUUAUCUGCUGGAGUUGCUGCGUGCCAGGCGUAUGCGUCUGGAGAUCUCGCUGCAGCUGCAGCAGAACUUCCAGGAGAUGCUCUACAUACUGGACAACAUGGAGGAGAUCAAGCAGCUGCUGAUGACCGACGACUAUGGCAAGCAUCUGAUGGGCGUGGAGGAUCUGCUGCAGAAGCAUUCGCUGGUCGAAGCAGACAUUAAUAUCCUGGGGGAGAGGGUCAAAGUGGUCGUGCAGAACUCGCAGAAGUUCCUUAGCGACGAUCCCGAGUCGUACAAACCCUGCGAUCCCGAGAUUAUCGUCUCGCGCGUCCAGCAACUGGAGGAUGCCUAUGCGGAGCUAGUGCGUCUGGCUGUCGAACGACGCAGUCGCCUGGAGGAGAGCCGCAAACUGUGGCAGUUCUACUGGGACACCGCCGACGAGGAGAACUGGAUCAAGGAGAAGGAGCAGAUCGUGUCCACCGAUGAGGUGGGUCACGACCUCACCACCGUCAAUCUGAUGCUCAGCAAGCACAAGGCUUUGGAGUCGGAGAUCACCUCGCAUGAUCCCCAGCUGCAAAAUGUGGCCAAGGUGGGCGCAGAACUGAUCACAGAGGGUCAUUUCGGAGCCGAUCGCAUCAAGGAUCGCUUGAAGGAGAUCCUCUCCAAGUGGGAUCACCUGUUGGACCUCACCAAAUAUCGCCGCCAGCGACUGGAGAAUGCCGUCGAGUAUUUCCAACUGUUCGCCGAUGCCGACGACGUGGACAACUGGAUGCUGGACACCCUGCGCAUCGUUUCAUCCGAGGAUGUGGGACGCGAUGAGGCCAAUGUUCAAUCGCUGCUCAAGAAGCACAAGGACGUAGCGGAUGAGCUAAAGAACUAUGCCGAGGUAAUCGACGCUCUGCACAAACAGGCCGAGAGUCUCAAGCUCAACGAGGCGGAGAAGGCGGCGGUGGACAAGCGACUGGAGGCCAUCGACAGUCGGUACAGGGAGCUCACCGAGCUGGCCAAGUUGCGCAAGCAGCGACUCCUUGAUGCCCUUAGCCUUUACAAACUAAUGUCCGAAGCGGACGGCGUGGAGCAAUGGAUCAAGGAGAAGACCAAGAUGCUGGACACGAUGACGCCGGGCAAGGAUAUCGAGGAUGUGGAAAUAAUGAAGCAUCGCUUCGAGGGCUUCGACAAGGAAAUGAAUGCCAAUGCUUCCCGCGUGGCAGUGGUUAAUCAACUGGCUCGUCAGCUGCUUCAUGUUGAGCAUCCGAACUCGGAUGAGAUUCUGGAGCGGCAGAAUCAUCUCAACCAGGAGUGGUCGACGCUGCGCGAGAAGGCCGAGGCCAAAAUGGAUGAUUUGAAGUCCGCCCAUGGCGUUCAGACCUUCUACAUCGAGUGCCGCGAGACGAUCUCGUGGAUUGAGGACAAGAAGCGCAUCCUGACCGAAACGGAUAGCUUGGAAAUGGAUUUGACUGGUGUGAUGACUUUGCAGCGUCGCUUGAGCGGAAUGGAUCGCGAUUUAGCGGCCAUUCAGGCCAAGCUUUCGAGCUUGGAACGCGAGGCCAACAGCAUUGAGGAUGAGCAUCCCGAGGAGGCCAAGAUCAUCAGGGAGCGCAUCUCGCAGAUCGAACAGAUCUGGGAGCAGCUCACCCAGAUGCUCAAGGAGCGCGACUCGAAGUUGGAGGAGGCGGGCGAUCUGCAUCGCUUCCUGCGCGAUCUCGAUCACUUCCAGACCUGGCUCACCAAGACCCAAACGGAUGUGGCGUCCGAGGAUACACCCACUUCGCUGCCGGAAGCUGAGAAGCUGCUCACCCAGCACCAAUCGAUUCGCGAGGAGAUUGACAACUACACCGAGGACUACAAGAACAUGAUGGAGUACGGCGAGCGGCUGACCUCCGAGGGCAGCACCUCCGACGAUCCGCAGUACAUGUUCCUAAGGGAGCGAUUGAAUGCGCUGAAGGAUGGCUGGGAGGAGCUGCAUCAGAUGUGGGAGAACAGGCAAGUGCUCCUCUCUCAAAGCCUCGAUCAGCAGCUCUUCAAUCGCGAUGCCAGGCAAACGGAGGUGCUGCUCAGCCAGCAGGAGCACUUCCUCAGCAAGGACGAUACACCGGUUAAUCUCGAGCAGGCCGAGAAUCAGCUGAAGCGGCACGAGGCCUUCCUCACCACCAUGGAGGCUAACGAUGAUAAGAUCAAUACGCUGCUCCAGGUGGCCGAUACGCUGGUGGAGAAGGAUCACUUUGACGCGGAGAAGAUUGGCAAGCGGGCGGAGAAUAUCACAGGGCGAAGGGAUGACAACAGGCAGAGGGCUUUGGAUCAGCAUGAUAAGCUCAAAAACCAAGUCAAGCUGCACGAAUUCCUGCAGGAUCUUGAGGAGCUGGCCGAGUGGGUGCAGGAGAAGUAUGCCACGUCGCAGGAUGAGUCGUACAGGAGCGCCAAGACUAUUCACUCCAAGUGGACGCGUCAUCAGGCCUUCGAGGCGGAGAUUGCGGCCAACAAGGAGCGCCUGUUCGAGGCCGAGAAAUCCGCCCAGGAGCUGUCCAAGGAGAAGCCCGAGUUCAAGGACGUGAUCGAACCGAAACUCAAGGAACUGGCCAAGCAGUUUGAGGAUCUGGAGGUGCACACCAAGGAGAAGGGCGCCAUGCUGUUCGACGCCAAUCGCGAGGUGCUCGUCCAGCAGACCUGCGACGACAUCGAUUCCUACAUCACGGAUCUCGAGAAGCAGAUUGUCAGUGGCGAUACAGCGAAUGAUUUGACCUCCGUCAACAUUCUGAUGCAAAAGCAGCAGGUUAUCCAGACACAGAUGGCUGUAAAGGCACGCCAGGUGGAGGAGAUUGACAAGCAGACGGAGUAUCUCCAGAAGACCGUGCCCGAGGAGAAGAUCGAACCGAUUGUGGUUAAGAAGACGGCGGUCCUGGAGAGAUUCGAGAAGAUCAAGGCGCCGCUGUUGGAGCGGCAAAAGGCGCUGGAGAAGAAGAAGGAGGCCUUCCAGUUCUGUCGCGAUGUCGAGGACGAGAAGCUCUGGAUCGACGAGAAGCUGCCGGUGGCCAACUCACCUGACUAUGGCAAUUCCCUGUUCAAUGUCCAUGUGCUGAAGAAGAAGAACCAAUCGCUGGCCACCGAAAUCGACAACCAUGAGCCGCGCAUCAAUGCCAUUUGCAACAAUGGACGCAAACUGAUCGACGAGGGUCACGAGGAUGCCAAGAAGUUCGAGGCGCUGAUUAGCGAUCUCACCCAGAAGUGGCAGGAGCUCAAGGAUGCCAUCGAGGGCAGGCGGAGGCAUCUCCUGGAGUCCGAGAAGGUGCAGCAGUACUUCUUCGAUGCCCAGGAGGCCGAGUCGUGGAUGAGCGAGCAGGAACUCUACAUGAUGGUCGAGGAUCGCGGCAAGGAUGAGAUUAGUGCCCAGAAUCUGAUGAAGAAGCACGAGAACCUGGAGCAAUCGGUGGAGGAUUACGCUAAUACCAUUCGUCAGCUGGGCGAGGUGGCUCGCCAGUUUAGCGGCGAUGAUAUCUCCUCCGGCGAUGCCGUUGCCGUCAAGCAAUCGCAGCUGGACAAGCUGUAUGCCGGACUCAAGGAUUUGGCUGGUGAGAGAAGGGCUCGUCUCAACGAAGCCCUCCAGCUAUUCAUGCUUAGCCGCGAGGUGGACGACCUAGAGCAAUGGAUAACGGAUCGCGAGGUGGUCGCCGGUUCGCAGGAAUUGGGUCAGGACUUUGACCAUGUCACUUUGCUUUCCGAGCGCUUCAAUGAGUUCGCCCGCGACACGGAGGCCGUUGGAGGCGAAAGGGUGGCCAAGGUCAACGGAAUAGCCGACAAUCUCAUUCAGGCGGGCCAUUCCGAUUCGGCCACCAUAGCCGAAUGGAAGGAUAACCUGAAUGAAUCGUGGCAGGAUCUACUGGAGUUGAUUGAGACACGCACCCAGAUGCUCGCUGCCUCGCGGGAGCUGCACAAGUUCUUCCACGACUGCAAGGAUGUCCUGGGAAGGAUCCUCGAGAAGCAGCACGGCGUGUCCGAUGAACUGGGACGCGAUGCGGGCUCCGUUUCGACGCUGCAGCGAAAGCAUUACAAUUUCCUGCAGGAUCUGACCACGCUGUACUCGCAGGUCCAGCAGAUACAGGAGGAGUCGGCCAAGCUGCAGGAUGCCUAUGCCGGGGACAAGGCCAAGGAGAUCACCAAUCGGGAGCAGGAGGUCCUGCAUGCCUGGGACAAUCUGCAGGCAAUGUGCGAUGCGCGCAAACAGAAGCUAGCCGAUACGGGCGAUCUCUUCCGGUUCUUCAAUAUGGUACGCAUUCUGAUGAUCUGGAUGGAGGAUCUAGUGCGCCAGAUGAACACCUCCGAGAAGCCACGCGAUGUUUCCGGCGUGGAGCUGCUGAUGAACAACCACCAGAGUUUGAAGGCCGAGAUCGAUACGCGGGAGGAUAACUUCGGGGCGUGCAUCUCGCUGGGCAAGGAGCUGCUCACCAGGAAUCACUACGCGUCCGCGGAUAUCAAGGAUCGCCUGAUGUCGCUGAGCAACAGCCGGAAUGCCCUGCUCCGCCGAUGGGAGGAGCGCUGGGAGAAUCUCCAGCUGAUUCUGGAGGUGUACCAAUUCGCCCGAGAUGCUGCCGUUGCCGAGGCCUGGCUGAUCGCCCAGGAGCCCUACCUGCUCUCCUCGGAGCUCGGCCACACCAUCGACGAGGUGGAGAACCUGAUCAAGAAGCACGAGGCCUUUGAGAAGUCAGCCGCCGCCCAAGAGGAGCGCUUCAGUGCCCUUGAGCGUUUGACAACAUUUGAGCUUAAGGAGAUGAAGAGGCGCCAGGAGCUGGCGGAGGAGGCGGAGCGACAGCGCAUCAAGGAGGAGCAGGAGGCCAAGGCCGCUUCGGAGGCGGCGGAACAGGCCAAACGAGAGGCUGAGCGACGCGACGACGUGGACGUUGGAGCCUCGCACGAUGAUUCAGCCGCCAAAGACACGGCCGUCGAGUUCGAGCGCGUUGUCGAGAUCCAAACAGAACGAGGCGCAACUCCAGGCGCCGGCGAGGGUCACGAGGGCUAUGUGACACGAAAACACGAGUGGGACUCGACCACCAAGAAGGCCUCCAACCGAUCUUGGGAUAAGGUAUACAUGGCUGCCAGGGCCGGACGCAUUUCGUUCUACAAAGAUCAGAAGGGUUACAAGAGUAAUCCCGAAUUGACCUUCCGCGGCGAGCCCAGCUACGAUCUGCAAAACGCUGCCAUUGAAAUUGCCAGUGAUUACACCAAGAAGAAGCACGUGCUGCGAGUCAAGCUCGCAAACGGCGCCUUGUUCUUGCUGCAGGCCCAUGACGACACCGAGAUGUCCCAGUGGGUGACCUCCCUGAAGGCCCAGAGCGACUCGACAGCGGUGGCCGCCAGCAGAUCCCAGACUCUGCCAGCCACCUCACAAAAGGACGAACCAAAGCGCAGAUCGUUUUUUACUUUAAAGAAAAAGUAAACUAACACCCCCCUUUCGUAACCGCAACACUUUAAGCAAGAGCAGCUAAUUAAAACAAAAACAAAAUGAGAAGGCUAAAAGAUGAUGAGAAAAAUGAUAAUACAAAACAAGCGACAACAAAUUAUACAGCAAAAAUUAAGAAGAAGCAAAUAUAUAUUUUUUUUUCAUAUAUUUAAAACUUAUUUCGUAAUGAGAGGAAAACAAAAAACAAAAAACCGACAAAAACUUGCAAGAGAAGAGACGAGCAAAACGUAAACAAUUAUUAUGCUUAUCAAAUUUGCACGAUAAAUACUGCUAUUAUGAUUAAACGUAUGUAUCUUAUUUAUUUAAACAAAUACAAAGUAAUAUAAAGAUAAAAAAAAAUACAAAAAACAAACAAAAAAUUUGAGGAAACCAACUCGUGUAUGCAUUUCAAUGUAUUCGAUAAAUAAACGAAAUAUUCCUUUAAAGUACACCAA